CGCUGAAGUUUUUCGUCGCCAGCAAUAAGUUAAAUUUAAAACCUAGUUUGUAUUACGUAUUGGUAAUCAUAGAUAUUAACAAUAAUUUGUUUUUGCAGAGUGGACUGGUGAAUAUCAUGUGUGGCUAUGGAGUACAAGAGUCUUCCGUAGCGGAAGCCAGCAAGAAGGUAUGGACGAGUGGUUGUAUCGAGGUGGUGCGAUCCUGGGCGGAGAGAAACCUCUACACCAUAGCAGGCAUCGCACUGGGCGUGGCCCUCUCUCAGCUCUUUGUGAUCUAUUUGGGCAAGACACUAGAGGGUCAAAUAGAGCUGCAGAAGUCUCGAUGGAACUCCUGAAAUAUCGUAGCCUACCGCCUGGGCUAGGCCAUGCCAAGGGGGUAGGCUCCCUGCUCUACCUGACACCACUACUGCUACCACCAGCAACUACUGUUACGUCUUCCCUCCAAUAUUAUAGUGAAUUUCUAUGCCAAAAGUUUUUUCAAGGAAAUUAAAAUUAAUGGUUUCAUUGGUUGUCAUUGUAGUGGAUAUUAAUGUUUAAAAAUUUGUUGCAUUAUAUUGCUUUCUGAAUUAUCAAUCAGUUACACUAUGAUGAAAAGUGUUCAAUUAUGCAUACAAAUCUCAGGACAGUUUUUUCAACAGUAGACGAGAUAUAGUUGGUGGAUCAGUGAAGUGGUGUUGUCACGAACAUUAACACCAGACUUGUGACUGAAACAUUGUAAAUAGUACGAGUCUGUGCGGACUGUGCCAGUUGCGUAUUGUGAUACAGAAUCUCAGCAUCCUACUACUCAACUUCAGUCAGUUACUGUAUAGAACCACAAUCUUUAUUACUUGUUUAUUUUACAAUAGUGUGUCUGUGGGGCAACGGAAGAGAAGGGAUGUUCAAAUGUUUUUUUUUUUUAAUUUUGGCCUUUCUAACCUUAUUUAAACAUAUAAAAGGUAACCAAAACAACCGUGUUUUGUUUCCAAAAAAGAAUAUGUUGCUUAAUUAGAGGCAAACUAGAAAAAAAUUAUAAUUUAAAACAAAAGUUGCAUGAUGAGACUGCUUAUCUUGAUGGAUGGGUGGGCAUGUAUGAUGUUAUAGGUCUUCAAUCCAGUCAUACCUCCAUUACACAUCAAGAAAAAUGCAUGCCUCUUCCUCCAAGAUAAACAGCCUACAAUCGUCUCAUCACUGCUGACAUUUCUAAACUGGUUAGGGUUGACUGGUUGGUCUCCUUAUUUCUUAUUGUCCUAAAUCUUUCAUGGUGUUUUCUGGUUUUAGUUGAUCUUUGGCUUUUCGAUAUGAAAAAUGUUCCAAAUUCUUUACUAGUUAAAAUUUAUUCCUCUACCUUCAUCAUAUAUGUUAACAUGAGUAAACAAAGGUAUGAUGUUAACACAGUAAAGAUUUAAAAUUAAAAAAAAACUGAUUCUUGCUAUGUCAGAAAACUGUGUCUUGAGUUUGAAGCUCCAAAUUGUUUUUGUCAGCAGUGAAUAUUUUAAUUAGUGUUAUUUCAAAAUUAUCAUUAUUGUUGCUUACUUCCAUAACAUCGGAAUGAGAAAAAUAAGAAAUUGGAUAAUUUAGAAGUUGUAACAUUUUAAUUUUGCUUUAUUAUAGUUACCUAUCUAUGUUUGGCUUGCACUUCUCUUCUGUUUCAAUUCUAAGAGAUAUAUUUCUAGGAAGUAGAUUUUUUACAUGAUGUGUAAACAAAUGUAUAUAUAUUUACUAACAGUGUUCUCUAGAGCGGAUUGCAUAGUAAAUGCUCGCAGGUGAUUCAGCACAAAACUGUCAAUAGGCUAACAAUUAUUUUAUGCAUUAAUUAUUAUUAUUAUUGUUGUUGUUUAAUCACUUUCUACUUGCAUUUAUUUACCUUUAGUGUUUCAUUAACUUUGCAAUGUUUAUGUAAUAUAAUUACAAAGUGCCAAGAAACCCCACUGUAACCUAAUAUUAGUUUUUACUCAUAGAUUAACAUUCUGUGAAGACAUGAAAAAACUGUGUUCUUGGUUCUUUGUAAAUAUAAUUAAUUAAUUAAACUCAAUUUACCUAUUCAGUAAUACAUUUUUACUAUCUAAUAGGCACUCUCUUAGCUGUAACAAUUAAUAUUUCAUUAAUAUAUUUAAGUACCUACUUUAUUAUAAUGUCAAGUAAGCUUUAUCUUAUAUUUAUUUGAAUUAAUCUUUAUGCUGAAUAAAGCUUUUUUAUUAUUAUGCUUGCUGUUAGGACACUUGUUUGCAGUUAACUAAAGGUGUGAGUCGAAUUCAUAGCCUUUUAUAAAUUGCAUUAAAGAUUUGAUAAAUUAUUUUAAUAGUAAUUUUCAUUUAAAUACAAAUAAUACAUCUAACAAUAUUUGGGUUGUAAAGGGGAAAAUAACAUUUUAAAAUUUACUCUUAAAAACAUUAAACUGCCAAUAUGAUCUAAGUGACACUUGGUCAGAAAAAGUCAAGAUGUUUCUUGCAGUACCAUAGUUUAAACAUGUUUCACUUCAUUUCCCAGUUAUACCCUAUUUAUAACAAAAAGAGAUGAUUAAUUUAAUCUGAAAUCAAAGAGUACUUUUUUUAUCAUUCUUUACAAAAUUGGUUGUAAAUCAUUCAUUUGUACUAAACACUAAAAUACGUAACACUAAACAUUUAUAGUUUGUACUUUCCUUUAUGCUAAGUGUUUGCCAUAACAUUAUGACAAAAUAUAGUGAUUUUUUGAGAUGCAUUUAUAUUUUUAAGGUUACCAUUAUUCAUGUAAAACUGUCACAAUAUGAAUAAAAUCCAUGACACUUCAAAAUACUCUGAAAGUGCUCUGGCAUCUUUGUAAGUUAUAAUUAACUUAAAUAACAACAGUAGUGUUGAAUUCAAAUGAUGUGUAAAUAAAAAUAUGCUAAUAUUUAUAUUAUUGAAAGAAGUGUUACUUCUGUAAAAUAUUAUUUAGUUACAUUAAAUGUACAAAAACCUACUUUGCGACUUUUUGAAAUAUUUUGAAUGUGGUCAUUAAAAGAUAUUUUGAGCCUAUGAAACUAUUUUUAUGUAUUCCUGAAACUUAACAUUAUUAAUGAAUCUUACAUAAUUCUCAUUAUUUUAAGUUGUUUUGUUUUGAAGAGUUAGUAAAUUGUUUAGUAAGUACAACAUCAAUUUUAAAUAUAUAGUUUAAACAUGGUGUAUUCAUGUAUGUGCUAAAUCUGUGUACAUAAUGUAAUAUUGUAAUGUAAAAUGAUGUCCAGUUAAUUGUAAGAUUGUUUUUAUCAGACAAAAUGACCAAUAUGUGGUAUAUUUACAAUAAAAAUGAUUACUUGCAUAGAAUAAAUAACGUCUAUAUUUUAAUACA